AUGCCGAAUCCCAACUCAGACAGUUCAACUCCUUACUCCCAACCAAUCAAUCACUUGCUGCUUCAAACAGGAGCAACGUGCCCUUCGAAUAUGGAGCACCAGGAGUGUGGGAACCCAUGCGCCGACACCUGCUCUAACCAGGACAGGAGUAAGCUGUGUGAGGAACACUGCACUGAUGGGUGCUUCUGCCCCAAUGGAACUGUUUUUGAUGACAUCACACAGAAGGGCUGUGUCCAACUGAAUGACUGUCCCUGCUAUUACAAAGGCAAGGUGUACAAGGUUGGAGAGUCAUACUCCAGACCCUGCCAGAACUGUACCUGUGAACAAGGCCGCUGGAGCUGCACCCAGCUGGACUGCCCAGGCACCUGUUCCCUGGCGGGUGGUUCCCACAUCAGCACCUUCGAUGGCGAGACGUACACCUUUCACGGAGAGUGCUCCUACGUGCUCGCAGCGGUCAGAGACACACACAACUGUUACACUUACAUUCUAUGAU